AACACUCACUGAACCAGGAAGUUCAUUUCAGCCAAAACGAAACUCAGAAUAUCAGUCUCUCUCUCUCUCUCUUGUGAGUGCAGGAAAAUGGCGGAGGCCAGUAUUUCAGUAGAUCAGGAUCGGUUCAGCUGUCCAGUGUGUCUGGAUCUUCUGAAGGAUCCAGUGACUACUCCCUGUGGCCAUAGCUACUGUAAGGUGUGUAUUAAUGGCUGCUGGGAUCACGAGGAUGUGAAGGGCGUCUUCAGCUGCCCCCAGUGUAGAGAGACUUUCACUCCAAGGCCUGAUCUACGCAGGAACAACAUGCUGGCUGAAGUGGUGGAGAAACUGAAGAAGACUGAACUCCAAGCUGCUUCUCCUGCUCACUGUUACACUGGACCUGGAGAUGUGGAGUGUGAUUUCUGCACUGGGAGAAAACACAAAGCCGUCAAGUCCUGUCUGGUUUGUCAGGCCUCCUAUUGUGAAGAUCAUCUUAAACCUCACUAUCAGUCUCCUGCCUUUAAGAAGCACAAGUUAGUUGAAGCCUGUGCAGAGCUCCAAGAGAAGAUCUGCUCUGAACAUGACAGACUGAUGGAGAUCUACUGUCGUACUGACCAAAGCUUCAUCUGCUACUUGUGUACGAUGGAAGAACACAAAGGUCAUGAUACUGUUUCAACUAAAGCAGAAAGAACUGAAAAACAGAAUGAGUUAAAGGAGGAACAGAUGAAAUCCCAGCAGAGGAUCCAGGAGAAGCAGAAGAACGUGCAGGAGCUGAAACAGACUGUGGACAUUAUUAAGAGGCAUUCACGGGCAGCAGUAGAUGACAGUGAGAGGAUCUUUACUGAGAUGAUCAGCUCCAUGGAGAAAAAGCGCUCUGAGGUGACAAAGCUGAUCAGAGCUCAGGAGAAAGCUGAAGUGAGUCGAGCUGAACGACUCCUGAAUCAACUGGAGCAGGAGAUUGCUGAUCUUAAGAGGAGAGUCACUGAGCUGGAGGAGCUUUCACACACACCCGAUCACAUCCACUUCCUCCAGAGUUUCCCGUCUCUCUGUGUCUCUCCUGGAUGUGACGACUCGCCCAGCUUCACUGUCAAUCAACAUCUCUCAUUUGAUGGAGUGAGGAAAUCUCUCUCAGAUCUGAAAAAACGAGUCACGGAAAUCUGUGAGGAGGAAUUCAACAAAAUCCAACCACAAGCUGCAGCUGUUCGGGUGAUUCUACCCUCAGUUCUGAAAAGCAGAGAAGAUUUUUUGCAGUAUUUCUGUUAUCUGACUCUGAAUCCCAACACAGUACAUCGUCAGCUAAUUCUGUCUGAGAACAACAGAGUGGUGACACGCAGUAGAACACAACAGCAAUACUCUGAACAUCCAGAAAGAUUUGACUCCUGGAUUCAGGUGUUGUGUAAGGAGAUUGUGUGUGGAUGCUGUUACUGGGAGGUGGAGAGGAACAAAGACGUAAAAAUAUCAGUCUCAUAUAAAGAGAUCAGCAGAAAAGGAGGAGGUGAUGAGAGUCUGUUUGGACGCAACAGUCAGUCCUGGGGUCUGGAGUGUUCUUCUUCCUCUCUCUCUUUCUGGCACAACAACAUUAAGACUGAGCUUCCAGGUGCAGUAUCCUCCAGAAUAGGAGUGUAUGUGGAUCACAGUGCAGGAGCUCUGUCCUUCUACAGCGUCUCUGACACGAUGAGGCUCCUCCACAGAGUCCACACCACAUUCACUCAGCCUCUAUACGCUGGGUUCUGGCUCAUUCAUUGUAACUCAAAGGUGAGGUUAUGUGAUCCAACUGAAAUGAUGGUGGUAAAGGACCUUAAACUGUUAAAAACAUCGAAGAAGAAGAAGAAGGAGGAAGAACACGCGCGUCCUUGCUUGCUCGUAAACACACGCACACACAUUGUUCCACCAUUCAGGAAAAUGGCAGAGGCCAGUAUUUCAGUAGAUCAGUUAUCAGUGGAUGAGUUCCUCUGUCCAGUGUGUUUGGCUCUGCUGAAGCAUCCUGUAACUACUCCCUGUGGACACAGCUACUGUAAGGUGUGUAUUAAUGGUCACUGGGAUCAGGAGGAUGUGAAGGGUGUCUUCAGCUGCCCCCAGUGUAGAGAGACUUUCACUCCAAGGCCUGUUCUACGCAGGAACAACAUGCUGGCUGAAGUGGUGGAGAAACUGAAGAAGACUGAACUCCAAGCUGCUUCUCCUGCUCACUGUUACACUGGACCUGGAGAUGUGGAGUGUGAUUCCUGCACUGGGAGAAAACACAAAGCUCUCAGGACAUGUCUGGUUUGCUUGGCUUCAUUUUGUGAAGAUCAUCUUAAACCUCACUAUCAGUCUCCUGCCUUUAAGAAGCACAAGUUAGUUGAAGCCUGUGCAGAGCUCCAAGAGAAGAUCUGCUCUGAACAUGACAGACUGAUGGAGAUCUACUGUCGUACUGACCAAAGCCUCAUCUGUUACUUGUGUACGAUGGAAGAACACAAAGGUCAUGAUACUGUUUCAACUAAAGUGGAAAGAACUGAAAAACAGAAUAAGCUAAAGGAGGAACAGACGAAAUUCCAGCAGUGGAUCCAGGACAAUCAGAAAAAGAUGCAGGAGCUGAAACAGACUGUGGAUCUUAUUAAGGCGCGUUCACAGGCAGCAGUAGAUGACAGUGAGAGGAUCUUUAACGAGCUGAUCAUCUCCAUGGAGAAAAAGCGCUCAGAGCUGACGGAGCUGAUCAGAGUUCAGGAGAAAGCUGACCUGAGUCGAGCUGAACGACUCAUGAAUCGACUGGAGCAGGAGAAUGCUGAUCUUGAGAGGAGGAUCACUGAGCUGGAGGAGCUUAAACACACACACGAUCACAUCCACUUCCUCCAGAGUUUCCAGUCUCUCUGUGUCUCUCCUGGACAUGACGACUCGCCCAGCUUCACUGUCAAUCAAUGUCUUACAUUUGAUAAAGUGAGGAAAUUUCUCUCAGAUCUGAGAAAACGAGUCGAGCAAAUCUGUGAGAAGGAAUUCAACAAAAUCCGACCACAAGCUGCAGCAUUUGAGAUGAUUACACUCUCGGAACCAAAGACCAGAGAAGAUUUUAUGCAGUAUUUCUGUUCUCUGACUAUGGAUCCCAACACAGCACAUCAGCAGCUCAUCCUUUCUGAGCAGAACACAGCGGUGACAUUUAGCAGAACACGACAGGGAUACUCUGAUCAUCCCGAAAGAUUUCACUCCAGGCCUCAGGUGUUAAGUAAGGAGAGUGUAUGUGGACGCUGUUACUGGGAGGUGGAGUGGUACAGCCAUGUUGGUGUGUCUAUAUCGGUCGCAUAUAAAGACAUCAGAAGGAAAGGAGAGUUUAAUGAGUGUGUGUUUGGAUACAAUGCUCAGUCCUGGAAUUUGGGCUGCUAUUAUCAUUCUUUUUAUUUCCAGCACAAUAAAAAUAAAACUGAGCUCCAAAGUCCGAUAGUGUCCAAAAUAGGAGUGUAUGUGGAUCACGCUGCAGGACUUCUGUCCUUCUACAGCGUCUCUGAUACGAUGAGUCUCAUCCACAGGGUCCACACUACAUUCACUAAGCCUCUGUACGCUGGAUUCAAUGUAGUUCAUGAUGACUCCAUUAUAAGGUUGCAUGAUCCAAAAUGAAACGUUUGCAGACUGAAACUGUUCGUGUUGCUGGAUUUGUGGGCAGCUUUUUAACACCACAGUAAUGAUCUAGAUACCUAGUUUAUGAUAGAACAGCUCCUUCUUGCAUCAUUACUGAACUGAUCUUAAGUUUUCAGUUUUGUUAAUGUAAUUGCUGACUUUUGUGUGUGUACAAAUAUACUUUAUGAGCAACCAAAUGAAAACAGACCUUUAAAAUCAUGUUUUCAAUUCAUCUGGCAUUUAUGUAAAUAAUUAAGAUUAUCUGUAUUAAAUAAUUCCCCUUACGCCUGCCUUCACACAAGAGGAAAUAUUUUUUUAAAAAUGGAGACGUGAAAAGUGGAUUUUAAUUAUUCUGUUAGUUUUCUCUGAACAAAAUAUUAUAAAUGUAAUUUGAGCAUUUGUAUUAACAAUUUGAGUCUUGGACAAUAAACCCUGUUUAUUCCUUAAGAAAGAUAA